CGAUCGGCUUUCCCGCAUGACGGUGCGCCUUUUUCUUGCUUCUUCGUCCCCUGCGCAGAUUUAUUGACGCUGCAGGAAAUCUUGCUUUCCCUUUUGGCAUAUUGAAGCACGUCGUCGGAAAGAGUAAAUUUUGAAGAUCUCUCGGUCCACGAAGGCCAAGCCGGCAGACUCCUCGCUUGUUGUAAACGACACACCAACGCGAUUACUCCAGAGCGCGUUUGCUGCUACGUUGAGCAAACUCGAGUAAUGCAGAGACCCAAAGUCAAACCCUUUCUGUCCACUGUGCAUUCCGUUCGAGACGGAAGUCGCCAGCGGGCAAUCUACCAUUCCUGCGAGAGCCGUCGAGGCCAUGCAGCAUCCGAUGCCCACCGACUCGCCCACAACACACCGGGCCACAUUCGGUGUCUUGCCGGGACUCUGAUUGGCUCCAGGCACAUCUGUCACCGAACAUGCAUAUCACACGAGGGAUGGCCCCUAGGCGAGGAAUGUCUGAGAAUUGCAGAGGAUGGUCUGGUUGUCAUAAUCAGCCACCCGGGUGGACCAGAACCCACGACGAGACCUCGAGUAUGGAGAGGCCAAGACAAGGUGCUGCAUAUUUGUGCUCCUGUUGUUGUCCACCGUUGGGUGGAAGGCAUAUGACUCGUGCCGCCGGGCCAGCCGUGACAGAGGAGGCAUUCUUACAACUUGUCUGGGGCAGGGAGACAGGCUCCGCUCAGCUCAAGACGGCCCAUGCAUAUAUCGUUGCCUC